AUGUCCAACUUCCAACUCCUCACAAAACCAACUCCCUUGAGUGGAGAGGCUCACCGCAAAUCUCCUUCUCUUUCUUUUACGCCCUCUCUGGCGCCCUCUUCCUCGACUUCAAAAUCUACAUCUAAAUCUAAAUCAACAUCUUCAUCUCCAUCCUCCUCCUCAUCUUCAGCCCUCCGUCCCACCUUCCGUCCCCUCUACAAAACCCUCUCACUGUCCUACCGAUAUCCCUCCUCGACCAGCAAUCCCUCUUCUACAAACGGUACUCCCAAUACAUCCACUACUUUUACUAUCCUCCUCUCGAUCUACAAAUAUAUCGAUCUUUUAGCUCGUCGUCUAGCGUUUGAAUUCGCAUUGUUUAUGUUAGGAGGCGGGUUUAAUCUCAUGCUUUUGCUAUUGUGGCCUGGGUGGAUACCGGUUUUGGGGGUGGUGGGGGGCGUGUGGUGGGUUUGGGGCUGA